AAUUGCCAGCUUUUGUUACAUAGUAAGAGAUAAGAUGUCCACCAAAACAGAGAGAGCAUGCAUGCUUUGCGGUAUCAUUCAACCUUUCAGAAGAUUUGUUGACCAAGGAUGUCCUAACUGUGAAAGUGUCUUACAUUUCCAAGAUAAUGACGAUAAUCAAGUUCAAGACUGCACUUCCCCAUCCUUCGAAGGAUUACUUGCUUUGGGAGAGGAUAACAAGCAGUCAUGGGUAGCAAGAUGGUUGAGAAUAGAUUCAUUCGUGGCGGGAUUGUAUGCCAUCAAGAUAAACGGUAAAUUGCCUCCGCAUAUUAUCAGUGACUUGACGGAACAAAACAUCAGUUAUAGACCAAGAGACGGAAGUGCUGAAGAUUAGAUGUUCUUCGAAACCCCGACCGAUUGACCUUGUAUAAUAGAUUUCACUUUGUAUUUUUAAUUCUCACCUAACACUUAAUUGUCCUUUUUUUUCUUUUCAUCAUAAUAUAAAA